AUGUAUUCCACUAUGGCCACUCCUGAAAUUCCGAAGAAGGCGAAGGCUGUCGUCUAUGACAACCCCGGCACCGUAUCCACCAAAAUCAUGGAGGUCGACGUUCCUGAGCCCGGCCCGGGCGAAGUAUUGGUCAAUCUGACGCACUCGGGUGUGUGCCACUCGGACUACUGCAUCAUGGCGAACAGCUGGAAAAUGCUCCCCUAUCCCACCCAGCCCGGCCAGGUUGGUGGCCACGAGCGUGUGGGUAGAGUUGUGAAAUUUGGCCCCGGCGCCGAAACCUCUGGUCUGAAGAUUGGAGACAGAGUUGGCAUCAAGUGGGUGGCCAGUGCCUGUGGCAACUGCCAGCCCUGUCAGGCCGGCUCCGAUGGCCUCUGCUUCUCCCAGAAAGUCUCUGGGUACUACGCCCCCGGCACAUUCCAGCACUACAUCCUGGGCACCGCUAACUACGUGAUGCCCAUCCCGGACGGACUGGCAUCCGACGCGGCGGCCCCCAUGCUCUGCGCGGGAGUCACCGUUUACGCGGCGCUGAAGCGCAGCAACGCCCGCCCGGGCCAAUGGGUCGCCAUCGCCGGCGCAGGCGGCGGCCUGGGUCACAUUUCCGUGCAGCUGGCGAGCAAGGGCAUGGGGCUGCGCGUGGUCGGAGUCGACCACGGCAGCAAGGCAGAGCUGAUUAAGGCGUCUGGUGCGGAGCACUUCGUCGACAUCACCCAGUUCCCCACAGACGACAACGGCGAGGCCAUCUCCGCCCACGUCAAGUCGCUGGCCGAAGGACUGGGUGUCCACGCCGCCGUGGUAUGCACCGCCUCCAAUGCCGCCUACGCCCAGGCCCUCCAGUUUCUGCGUUUCAACGGCACCCUCGUGUGCGUCGGUUUCCCCGAGAAUGACCCCCAGCCAAUCGCCAGUGCCAUCCCUGCCGCCAUGAUCGGGAACCACUACACCAUCACCGGGUCGGCUGUCGGCAACCGGCGCGAAGCCAUCGAGACUCUCGACUUUGCCGCCCGUGGCAUUAUCAAGACCCAUUUCCGCACAGAGAAAAUGGACAGUUUGACUGGGGUGUUCAAGGAAAUCGAGCAGGGCACUUUGCAAGGAAGAGUAGUUCUUGAUCUGUCUGGUUAG